AUGUAUUUGACUGAUAGCGGGGCGCUGUUUCAGAAAUUGGACCGUCUUCUUGACAGUUCUCUUCGACGAGCGCAUCGGCACCCUGAAAAUUGUUUUAAUGGCGUCUGCAAGACAGAUCCAGCUUUUUUUGCGCAAAAGGUGGCGGUAGCCUCCAAUCGCACUUUAACUUGUUGA